ACGGCUAAUGAAGGUAUUAUAUGCGCAUCAAUAUGACUGACAUUGUUCUCACAUGCGAAUCUAGCCACCCUAGCUAUAGAGGCCAUGAAUGGUAGGGUGGUCGGAGGCAAGAACCUGAUAGUACGCUACCACGAGCCAUUACAUCAAGACCUCUUCCGAUUGGCACCUACUACCGAUCAGUCAGCCACUGAAAAAAAUGGAAGCGUAUGGGGACCAAGAAUGCCGGUGAGUAGAGUUCUUUUGCGACAGAAUGAUAUUUCUGUGCUGAGGUUCGACGAGCAGCAAGAACCUGGAUCAGCGAACGGUACGAAGGUCCCUGAUGAGAGAUCGAAUGGCAAACCGACCGCGCAAGAGAAAGCGGAGCAGCACGCGGUUCUUGACGAAGCACGGCGCAAGCGCGAAGAGGCCGAAGAGGCCGAACGAGCCGCGUGCGCCGAACAGGAGAUGGCUGAGGACACAGAACGCAUCGCCCAGCAGGCCGUCGCCGACGCGGCGCAGGCGUACGAGGCUACACGCGCGCGACAGCACGAAGCCGACGCUGCAGUCGAGGCGGCCGAGCGCGCCCUACGCGCGGCGAAGGAGCAGCAGCUCGAGACCGUGCGCGAGGCCGUGCGGCGCAGAGAAGAGGCGGAGCAGAUGGAAGCGCGGGAGCGGGAGGCGGCAAGGCGAGCGUUCGACGAAUACGAGAGGGAGGAAGCAAAGCGGAGGGAGGAGCUGAAGCGCGAGCAGGCCAGGAGAGAAGAAGGAGACAGGCGACGACAAGAAGCAAAGCGCGAUGCCGAGCUCCGAGAUUCGAUUCGAAAGAUGAAGAUCAUGCGAGAACAGGAGGAAACGGAUCGUCGCGAGAGAGAGCGGCAAGCAAGGCUGCAGAAGGAACAGGAAGAGCGACGGAGGUUGGAGGCGGAGAGGCUUGCGCGAGAAGAAGCAGAGAGGAUGGCCCUGGCAGAACAGAAGCGCAAAGAGCGCGAGCAGCAGGAGCGGAUGACACUCGAGGCCCGGCGACUCAGACUCUACCGCAACGCGGCAGCGAAGGAGCGCACACGGUGCCAACAACGCGACGCUGUGCAGUGGAGCAUCCGCGCAGACCUUAUCUUCCGACGUCUUUGGACGCGUCAACUCAGCAUCCGCCGCUUUCAUACACUCUGCAUCGAGUUCGACGAGAUCAAGUUCGGUGACGCGCAGCCCCUGACAUUCGAGAGCGUACCCUGGCCGAUGCUGCACUACCCGCUCGACCUCACGUUUGAUGGCAUCGAGUGGAGUGCGGUUGAGCAAUUUUUUGCUGCUGCUAAACUCUCCCUCGCGGAGAGUGAAUACAAGAUGAUGGUCGAAAAAGCGCAUCGGCGAUUCCACCCGGAUAAGUGGAGGUCGCGGGGGCUCUUGAAUACGGUCCUCGAUGAAGGCCUCCGGAAGCGACUAGAGGACGCGGGUAACAUCGUCGCACAGGCGAUCACUCCGCUCUGGCUUGCAUCAAAGUCAGCGCGGUAG